AUGUCAAGCAGAGGGAGUGCAAGCUCUGGCUCUCUGCCAUCAAAGAAAGGACCAGCAGUCAAGCCGAGCACCAAAUUUAGAGAAGAGGGAGAGUCAACUCCAAGGAGAAUAGUAAAGGAGACAAGAGCUGUCGUCAUAGAUAUUGGUACCGGCUCCUGCAAAUGUGGAUUUGCUGGAGAACAAAAGCCAAGCCAUGUGAUUUCAUCUACUGUAGGCAAGCAUAUCCAGGAGACAGCAAAAACUGGAGAUAACAGGAAGGAAACUUUUGUUGGAAGAGAACUUCAGGAAGCUACAGUACCCUUAAAACUUGUCAAUCCUUUAAGACAUGGAAUAAUAGUGGACUGGGAUUCUGUUCAAGAUAUGUGGGAAUAUCUUUUCCUUAGGGAGAUGAGGAUUCGACCCGAAGAGCAUGCUGUCCUAGUGUCGGAUCCUCCUCUAAGCCCUACUACCAACAGAGAAAAAUAUGCAGAAAUGCUCUUUGAAACCUUUUGCACUCCUGCUAUGCACAUUGCCUACCAGUCAAGACUGUCAAUGUAUUCCUAUGGAAAGACCUCAGGUCUCGUUGUGGAGAGUGGUCAUGGUGUCUCCUAUGUAGUUCCCAUCUACGAAGGAUACACCAUGCCAAACAUUACUGAAAGAGUAGACUAUGCUGGAUUCGAUGUCACUCAGUACCUAAUGAAUUUAAUAAAUGAGAAUAUAAAAUUGUUCACAGAGAAAGACUGGAGUAUCUUAGAGGACAUCAAAGAAAACUAUUGUUUCACUUCACUGGAUUAUCAACAUGAUGCAGCCACAGCUCCCAGGAAACAUGAGAUUGAAUAUCAGUUGCCUGAUGGGCAAGUUAUCAUUAUUGGCAAAGAGAGAUUCUUAUGUGCUGAAAUGCUCUUUAAGCCAUCCUUGAUAAAUUCACAGCAAUUGGGACUUCCUCUCCUGACAAUGACUUCCCUCAACAAGUGUGACGUCACCCUAAAAAAGAACCUGAUGGGCAACAUCUUGUUAUGUGGGGGCUGCACCACGCUAAAGGGCUUUGCUGACCGCUUCCAGAGAGAGCUGAUUAGAAUGUGCCCAAAUGAUAAUCCCAUUUCAUCAGCUUCUCCGGAAAGAAAAACAUCUGUCUGGACCGGAGGCUCCAUUCUUGCAUCUCUCAAGGCUUUCCAACAGCUCUGGGUUCAUAGAAGAGAAUAUGAAGAAAAGGGUCCUUUUUACAUCUACCGGAAAUGUUUCUAA